UCAAGAAAGCAUCACGCGAAAUGUUCAAGAUCGUAAUCUGUCUGUUUGUGGUGGCGGUGACCAGCGUUGUAAAUGGUGCCAGUAUUGGACGCCUGGCAAACUCCACAGUCACUGAGAAGCCAGUGAUCGAGGUAUUGAAAUUCGAAAGGGAUCAAGCACCGAAUGGUAAUUUUAGCUUCUCCUACGAGGGAUCCGAUCAAUCCACCCGAAAUGAGGAAGGACACCUCGAGAAUGCUGGCACCGCAGAUGAAACCCUUGAAGUAUCCGGAUCUUAUCGCUAUAUCGAUGCCGACGGACAGGAGAUUGAGGUGCAUUAUACCGCCGGCAAAAAUGGUUUUGUACCCGUUGGCACAAAUAUUCCCAAGGAAAUUUCCUUGUUGGCCAAGGCAGCUGCCGAUUUGCCCAAUUAUUCCGAAGAGGAGGAACAGGAAUUGAGAUUAAAACAACGUCGUUCCCGUGCCCAAAAAGAGGAAACUAAGAACCAGGAACCAUUGAAGGUUGUCGAAUCACAAAUUGUUCCAGUCCAAGUGUUGAUUGACGAGCAACCUGUCAAGGUAGAACAGCUGGAGAAGAGCGAGAAAGUCGAGAAAGUGGAGAAAGUGGAGUCCGAGAGCGCCUAAUCCCACUGAUAGUCUGAAAUUAUAGUAUUUAACUAUUGUUAGUAUUACAUAUUAAGUAUGUAUGUGUGCGCGUUCAAAAUUAACUGCUUAGCAAAUAAAAAUAAAAAUAAAAUUUAUCAUUAA